AUGAAGAACAUAUAUGGAAAAGUGGUUGUUCUAGGUUCACAAGGUAAAUUUCACAAAAAGAAUAAAUUAAUCUUAUUACAUUUUUAAUUUAUUUAUUUUUUCCAUUUGAUAUUCAUGUUGAAUGUACGCUUAUUCUAUGUACGUAAAACAUCGUAACGUAUAUUCUGUAUUGUAAUUUCAGUAAAAGAUUUGUAGGUUAUCUCAUUGUUUCCUUACUAUGUACUUUUUAACUGCAUAUUUGUUAUGUAUUUGUUACGUAUGUUUUAACUACAUAAUAACACUUGAUUUCUAUUAAUAAUUUUCCAGGUGUCGGUAAGACAAGCAUAAUCAAGCGUUACAUCGAGAAAAAGUACAACGAACAUUUAAAUCCUACGAUUGGAGCAUUAUUUUUCUCUUGCAAAUUAGACAUGGAAGAUGCAAGAGUAAUGUUAAUGAUUUGGGACACAGCAGGACAAGAAAGGUUCAGAUCAAUGGCACCAAUGUAUUAUCGAAAAGCUAAUGCAGCUAUGUUGGUGUUUGAUUUAACUCAGUACAGUACGUUUGCAGCAAUGAAACGAUGGGUGGAGGAACUUCAAAAAAAUGUGGAAGACCCUAUGGUAUUGGCAGUAAUUGGAAACAAAUUGGACUUGAUGGAAAAAAGGCAAGUUGACGCUGAGGAGGGUAGAGUUUAUGCUACGAAAAUUGGCGCAAGCUAUCACGAAACGUCGGUUCUUCAAAGCGACGGGAUAGAAAAUCUCUUCUUAAGUAUUGGUACAGGCCUCCUUAAAUUAUCUUCGAGCAACGAUGAUCUGACAUCGCUAAGAUCGGUCGAGUCGAUAGAUUUAAAUUGGAGCAACAUAGAUCCGUUAUGUACACCGACAAUCGAAGAAAGUGGUGAAAACCUUAGUACCGCUCAUGGAACGCAAGAGAAAUCUUUCAAAUGUUGCUAA